AUGUCACUCAAUGAUGAGAUUGACGCGUUCGAUAACCUACUUCAUCGUAUCGAAUCAGGCUUUUGGGAGAUGAGGAACGCGCUGCAACAUAUCCAGGAACUGAAUGUAACGCUGCGUGGCAUUAAUACUGAGUGCGACAGAGAGAGUAUCGCAUGGAUGCAGGCUUUGACUAAAGAGGGCAAUUCCUCGGGUGUACAGAAUUCCAUGCGUGCUGUGGAUAAUCUCAACCAGCGGCUGCAGGAUCUCCAAAAGCUGGAGGAGCUGCCACACUGGGUAUUCCAGCAGUGGCCAAACCUGACUGCGGAUAUCAGCUCCCUUGAUGCAACACCUAUGAUUGCUGCACAGCAUCGCCAAAAUAUGCAGGACUGCAUGGACAUGCACCAGCAACUGAUACGUCAGCAGGUGGAGCAGAUGUAUCAUCUGAUUGCGACCAUUCGCUACAAAACCAUCGAGACAAUGGACAUGCUGGAGCAGCCGACGUAA